GAAGAUGUAAGAUCUCUCCAGUCUCCGUGUAUAUUGCUAUCUGAGCUGGGACACCCUCCACGUUGGGUGGAGGUGUGAUUUGGGGUUUGGAAGCCACCAUGCAGAGGUUGAAUGAGCCCAGGGCCACUGCAAACCACAGCCACCUUGCAGAGGAUGGAUCCCAUUCUAUGCCCGAUACGGUUCUAAGGAUAUCUCUCAUCAUCUCCCUCCUAUUCCUCUCUCUCUUUGGGAACAUUAUGCUACUGGUGGUUUUUCAUCGCAAGCCACAGUUGCUCCAGGUGGCCAACCGAUUUAUCUUCAACCUGCUGGUGGCUGAUCUUCUGCAGACUGUCCUGGUGAUGCCUUGUGUAAUUGCUACCUCCCUCCCUGAUAUCUGGCCUUUGGAACAUGGUCUUUGUGGAGCUGUGGUGGUCCUCAUGCAUCUCUUUGCUUUUGCUGGAGUGAACACCAUCACAGUGGUUUCUGUUGACAAAUAUCUGGCUAUCAUCCAUCCUUUGUCAUAUCCCACCAAGAUGACCCCAAAACGAGGUAGCCUGCUUAUCACCUGCACUUGGAUCUUCAGUGUUCUCCAGAGCACCCCUCCUCUGUAUGGAUGGGGCAAGGUUGAAUUUGAUCUUCACAACCACUACUGCAAAGUCUUGUGGGCUUCUAGUUAUUCAUACACUGUACUCAGUGCAUUGUUUUCCUUCAUCUUACCAGUGAGCAUUAUGUUGGCGUGCUAUGGAAUGGUGUUCAGAGCAGCCAGGAGGCAAAAUGCAUUAGUGCACCCAGUCCAGGCAAAUGGAUGUGACAGGUCUGAUGGGACAAGAAGCACUGCACUAAGCACAGUUGACAAAACAAAUCCUCACCGACCUCUUUAUCACUGUAAAGCAGCCAAGGUUAUUUUUGCCAUUUUAUCAUCCUACAUAAUAAGUAUGGGUCCUUAUAGUAUUCUCAGCAUUGUUGCAUCCAGUGCCAAUUUAGUUAUUCCAAGGUGGGUAACAUCACUGGUCCUGGUGCUCUUUUUCCUGCAAUGUUGUAUCCAUCCUUAUAUAUAUGGAUACAUGCAUAAAAGUUUAAAAAAAGAGUUCCUGGUCCUCCUGCAUGGAUUCUUCUGCAAGCAGGUACAUCCCCAAAAUGCCACCAUAGACAGUUAUAUUAUUCUAACAGAUGGAAGAAUAUUUCAAUCUCACUUCUCUACUGGCCCUACAGUGAAAUUUAUAGAGGAAGAGACCACUAUUUCUGUAAUAACUGGGAAAAGUAUGAACAAUCUAAAAUUCAAAGACAAUAAAAAAGAGAUCAGUUCAACCACUAUAUCACCUGAAAAAGAGUUAAAUCCUCAGAUAAGUGAACCUGAUAUACCCCAUCUUGUUAAGUGUUAAUCUUUUACCAGUGGAAGUUUCUAUAUUAAAUUAUGGGUUAAAAUAUCAGGGUUGUCUGUAUUAAAAAAAAGGGUGGCUGUGGGUUUAAAAAUAGUGGUACUGUGUUUGAGUUCUUUGUGCCAAUGGGUGCUUUUAAGGAAUUAUUUCACAAUAUGGUUGCACCUUCUUGGGCACCGAAAAAGUAAAUUAACAUAUUAAAACAUAAAAAAUGCUAUUUGUCUAUUAUAGUAGGUGUUGUAUAUUUAUAGGAUGUUUUUUUCUAUUAAAACAUGAGAUGAUGGAGCUUCAGAAUAAA